AUGCGGAGCGACGCUUCAGUCAUUCACCCGCACGAUCCGUCCGCGCGCUCACCGGGCAACCACGGCCAAGGCAUGGCAGAGAGGAGCCGAGGAAAGCGGAGGAAACAGGCGAACCCGCGGAGAAACCAAGGUGAGCCGGAGCGCUGUCUGGGCUCUGAGGGCGAGGAUGAGGGCAGCGUUUGGGGGAUGGAGGUUCUGGACAGCAGAGAUGCUCAGGAUAAAGUCAGUCUGACGCCCAGCGAGGGCACGGAGCCCGGCAGUCCCGUCCCGUGUGCGGAGAGCUGGGCCGACACCGAAACCACACCGCUGAAAAUCACAGCCGCAGACCCUGAACACUGUCAGACUGACGCUCGUGUGAUGGACGGCCCGAUUCAUGCGCAACAGCGCAACGGAUCCGUGAACUCGUACCAUUUAGACUGCGCUCAGGGCGACAUGUCGCCCGUCUGCUGGUCACCAGGAGAAUAUGAGUCACCCGAGGGCAAAGACGGUGGAGCCUUGAACCCUGACGUCUCUGUCAUGUCUCUGCGGGAACAUGUGAAGUUCUGUCAGGACAGGGAUGGAGGAGACAGCGUGUGUCCUCUGUGCGGAUACAGUACGCCGUACCGCGCUCAGAUGGAGCACCACUUAACCCUCCACAGCCAGACUCACCAGAAGAGCUCCAUGUCUGAGUCCGGUCUGGAGAACAGGAAGUUCAAGUGUAAUCAGUGUGGAAAGGCCUUUAAAUACAAGCAUCACCUCAAAGAGCACCUGCGCAUUCACAGCGGUGAGAAGCCGUACGAAUGCUCGAGCUGUAAGAAGCGUUUCAGUCACUCGGGCUCCUACAGCUCACACCUCAGCAGCAAGAAGUGCCUAAGCGGCGCUCAUUAUAACGGCCACGCCCAUCCCGCGUACCUCUUCCCGUCGCCCACGUCGCCCCCUGCUGUCGGCGGGAGAAAGGGCUCUCGGUUCCCGCCCGAGUCGUCCAUUCCCGUCCUGAGCCGCUCGUGGGACCCGGCGGAGGAUCUGGCGCUGAGGGCGGGCGUGUUUAAAGGCACCACGCUGCUGCCGCUACUGCAGUCGCGCAGCAAAUUCGAACACCUGCUGCAGGAGAUGCUGCGGAGGGAGGUGGGAGACAAGAAACAAGCGAAAAACGAAAACAACUCUCGGGCGUACGACACCCAGACGUCGCCCACCGCCAAUCACGCCCCCUAUAGAGAGCUGUCGUCGCCGCAGCGGGCGUCUUGGCAUUCUGUGCCGCAGCAGAUCCUCGUGCCUUUACCGACACCAGCGCAGCUGGAUAACCGCUGGCCGAGCAAAGAAAGCGCAAGUCCGAGAAAACCAACGUCACCCGCUUUACCCGAACACCAGCAUCUGAUUGGCUCUCGCUUCGGCUCUCCUCCCGGCCUGGACCUGUCAAUCAACACAUCGCCACGGCAACCAAACCACAUCCAGAGCGAACCUUUAGACUUGUCUAUUCCCAAACUGCAUUCAGUCUCCGGCGCACCGCGAAACCCGGCGUUUAACGGCUACUCGCCGCAUCACGACAGACGCGACGGCGUGUUUAAGAGACUGACUCCGCCCUCCCAGCAGCAGGUGGGUGGGGCUUAUGCAGCAUCGCCGCUGUUCGGCAGCACAGUGUUCAGCAGCUUCCCACUCUUCAAUCACAUGAUCCCCGCCGGUCUGGGACACAACGGUCUGACAUCACUUCCUCUCACGCCACCCACGCUCAGUCCGGGCUUCCUGUCUCCAGUGGCGUAUAUGGUGGAGGCGGAGUCAGAAUCCAUUCUGAAGAGAAUACAACACGAAAAACAUUCGAUCAUGGCUGAAGCGCUGAGUCGCGGCGGUCUGGAGUAUCUGUCUCUGAUGGAUGAUGGGAUUGAUGGAGAGAUCGGUUCUGGGAGGAAGAGGCUGAAGAAGACGGAGGAAGGACUGUACGCCUGCGACAUCUGCGACAAAACCUUCCAGAAGAGCAGCUCUCUGCUGCGCCAUAAAUAUGAGCACACAGGAGUCACAUUUGCUCUCAUUUUAUGGAAAAUAACUGCAUGA